GAUGGGUUGCGGAGCCAACAAAUGGGCUUUGGAGGACGUGCAGCUCAAAUCGCUUUUUUCUUUUCUUUUCCUUUUCGACAAAACUCAGUUGAGGCGGGUGGGAAAUCUUGUGCUAUAUGUUUUCUCGUGCUCACGCAAAGCAAAAAGGGGAAUUCCGAACACGAGGAAAGAUUUGAGCAGAUCAACAAGAACUGAAGAGGAUUGCUAGCAGGUGGACUUUACUGCUUUGAGAGUUUGAAGAUUAGUCUGGGAAUGAACGUCUGAUAUUACAAACAGUAAUUUGAUGUUGUCCUCAUGGAAAUCUACAAAAGAAUCUCAUCUGGAAAUCUCAUCAGAUGGAGUAUUUUUUUUUUUCUGCCUGUGUUUGUAACAGCAAGUGAAGUGUCUCUGCAGGAGACUGUUGAGGGAUUUAUUGGAGGAUCUGCUGUUUUAAACUGUUCUUCUGAAGAACCUCUGAUUACAAUUCAAGACAUCAGAGUGCUCUGGAGAAACAAGUACAGCCUGAAUGUGUAUGAGAUUAUUAAUGGUAAUGGCUCUGUGGAAGAACAGGAUCAACAGUACAAGAACAGAGUUGAAAGCUUCCCCGAGGAGUAUAAGAGAGGAAACUUCUCCAUCAAACUCUACAAUCUUCAACACACUGAUGCAGGACUAUACGGAUGCUACAUCUUCAUGAAGAAGGAAUCAGUUGUAUUCAGGAGUGUUGAGCUUUUAAUUAAAGAGAAAUCAGAAAAGCAAAUCCCCAGCGAAGGCACAAAACCAAGACCAGAGAUGACUGUUAUGAUCAUUUCCAUUCUGUUUAUUGGUAUUAUAUCUUCAUUGGCUUGAUGAAUGUGUUACAGAACUCUGUCACAGGGGUUUCUACAUAAAUCACAGCAUCCCAAGCCUGGAUAAAGGAGGAGGAGCUGGAGAACUACUCUAUAUAUUCACUGCAAUAUCAACCCAGCAGGUGCUUCUCGUCACCUGAUGUCGUCAUAAAUGAAUGUCAGCUGGUUUGUGUUUGAAUUGAAGCAGAUUCGAGAGAGAGAGAGAGAGAGAGAGAGAGAGGG